CCCCCAACCACCUUCUCGCGAUCGCUGCAGAUCUGACCAGGGUGACCUUCGUGUUUCGUAUUCAAUCCCUGCUUUCGCCAACCCCUCCCACCACAACGGCACCAGGCCAGGGCACAGCAUGUCGCUCGGCCACCUAGACCAGUCCUCCGCUGCACCACCCAUGCGUAAAAUUGUCUACCAGCGAGAGGGCGCCAGCGGGACGCAAGAGAGCCCUUGCAGCCUUCCUGUGUGACCUUCCGGUGAUGCACCCGUCCAACUGCCUUUCGCAGCUGAAGCUGCAAUAUGUAACACUGCAUAACCCCUCAGACAUUCAUUCGCUAGAUUUAUUGAAUACGGACUCUGCUCGGCGACCAUCUCCAUACCUGAUAUGCGAUAGCCCUUCCCGUUCGCAGCCAUCUCUCAAGCCUCACCUCUUGAUACUCGUGGGGUGCUUUUCUGCGCUUCGCUGAGCCUUCCUCUGGAUUCGAAAGCCGAAUGUGGACCCGUCUGAGCCAGAACUCAUACACGAUGUCGUCCAGACGCACAGUGUUGAGUGCGGACCUUAAGGAGCGCCAUGUCAACAUGAUGGCAUUCUCGGCCUGUAUAGGCUUUGGUCUUUUCCUGCAAAGCGGCAAGAUCAUUUACAUUGCCGGCCCGGGUCUCGCCAUCAUUGCCAUAACUCUGGCGUCCUCCGUUAUGUGGUCCGUAGUGGCUUGCCUAGGAGAGAUGACAGCCCUGUUUCCUGUCCAAGGACCACUCUUUGAGUUCCCAGGCCGAUUUAUCGAUGAAGCGGUUGGCUAUGCGACCGGCUGGAUCACAUGGUUUGCUUGGGUCGUCAUCCUGUCCGCCGAGAUUCUGGCUGUUGCUCAACUAUGGAAAUUUCGCUUCGAUCCCGAUUACCUCAAGAAGGUCGGUUAUCCAGAUCCGGAAUUGGGAUGGAGCACCGAACACUACAGCCCCGCGGUAUGGGUCUUCUUGUUUUUGAUCCUGAUCGGUCUGAUCAAUCUAUUGCCCGUGCGACAAUAUGGACAGUUAGAGUAUAUUUUCGGCGUCAUAAAGAUCUGCUUCAUCUCUCUGCUGAUCGCCUUCAACGUCAUCAUCUCCGCUACGCAGAGGGUGCCGGUACCGAACGGGAAUCAUUUCUGGACAUGGAACAAGCCGUGGGGUUUCUCUUCCAACAGUCUGGUGGUGCAUCCAUCGCACGACGCGGACCCAGGGAUCACUUUGAGGGGAGAACAAGGUCAUUUCCUAGCUCUCUGGACGGCUAUCUCCGCAUGCAUGUUCUCUUUCGUGGGUUUCGAGACAGUCGGCAUUACCGCGGCUGAAAACAAGGAUCUCGAAAAACAUGAAACAAUCAAGCUUGCGAGCAAGAAACUCAACCUGCGCAUUACGAUCCUGUAUAUCCUCGGGACCUUCGUAGGUGGACUAAAUGUGCCAUACGACGACGAAAACCUCGUCAAUAUCCAGAUCAAUAGCGUGCGGGCCGGACAGAAUAGCAUUUUUGUUCUGGCAGCCGUCCGAAAUCACCUCCGUGUCUGGCCAUCGAUCUUCAACGGUUUCUUCAUCUUUUCCGCGACGACCUCGGGCAUCAACUCUCUUUACAAUUCCAGCCGUAUCCUCCAUGCUCUCGCGAGCAUUCCUGAAGCGUGGCCACUGUGGGCACAAAACACCAGGCGGCGACUAGAGAGGACAACUGCGAGAGGAGUACCUCUAGGCACUGUCACGGUGUCAUGGCUUGUGGGCUUCAUGGCAUUUCUGGCUGUCAAACCGUUCCCCUCUGUCGUCCUCGGUCGAAUCACCAGCAAUGCGGUCGUAUCGGAGCUGAUUUGCUAUUGCGUAAUUUGCCUCUCGUAUAUCCAGUUCUAUCAUAGGAUCAAAGCGGCGGCAGACGACCACACGCUGGAGAAUCGCAGCGCCUACAACCGAGAUGACAAGCAAUACCCUUAUCGCACACACGGCCAGCUCUUCCGAGCAUACUAUGGCUUCAUCUUCUGUCUUCUUCUUAUUACUUUCAACAACUGGCGAGCAUUCGUGCAUCCCUUUUCCAUGCCCGACUUCAUAGCUUCGUACAUUGGAAUCGCUGCUUUCUUCGCCCUUAUCGCGGCGUACAAAAUCCGGUCCGACGGCUGGAACCCGCUCAAGUGGCAGCGGAACGCUUCAAUGCAGAUCCAGCGACCACCCCCCAAAGUCGUUGUUCCUGGGCGGCGACGAGGGCACUUGUUUUUCCCGAACCCAAAGGCGCCCAUAUGGGACGAGGAAAAUUUCAAGGCGCUCGUGGCAUUCAUAUGGUGUUGGCUCAAAUGAGAAGGAGGAUGGCUAGCGUUUUCCGUUUUGCUUUUUCGGUGCCGAGUGCGCUCUUGGAGUGAUGGCGGCGCAACGGUGGGCGGCGGUCAUGACUGCGUUUUCGUACCUCUAAUGGCGCUUUCUCAUGACUUUCGAGAUAGUUCCUAAUGAUACCCAAGUUCCUG